UCAUCUUUGGUGGAUAUGACGUCUCUUAAAUGACAUUUCAAAAGCGAAGAUUAGCUGUGAGACGGCCUCAAACAAGAAAUAAGUCCAGAUGUAACAGCCGAAUUUUCUCAUGACUUUUUGAGCUUGAGAGGUUGGAGCUGCAGAGAGAAAAGAAGAGAGACAUCACUUCAUGAUGAAGUUGCUUGGCGGUGUUACCUUGUUAUUUGCAAUAGCUGUUGCCUAUUACAUCUACAUCCCAUUGCCUAGGACAAUCUCAGAACCAUGGAAACUGAUGGUGGUGGAUGCCACAUUCCGGGGAGUUGUGAUGAUGGGAGAUGUUGCUCACUCACUGGGUUUGAGCCAUAGAGUCCACGUUAUCAACUCUGCCAUUGUCAAUUUUGAGAGUCUGGUGCCGAUCACAAACCAAGAGAUCCAGAUUGAAGAUAUCCUUUUUGAUGGAGUGCAUGUACGUGUAUACCAGCCUCCUGGACAGGACGGAAAGCUGAGGAGAUCAGUUAUGUUCAUCCAUGGAGGUGGAUGGGCCUUGGGCGCUCCAAAGUUGGGGGGAUAUGACAGUCUCUGCAGACAGAUGGCAGCUGAGCUGGACGCACUGGUUGUGACUGUGGACUAUCGCAUGGCUCCUGAUGUGCACUUCCCAGUGCAGUAUGACGAGUGUGUGAGGGCCGCUAAGCAUUUCCUGAGGCCAGAAGUGCUGGAGAAGUAUUCGGUUGAUCCAGAGCGAGUAGCAGUGUGUGGAGACAGUGCUGGAGGAAACCUGGCCGCUGCAGUGGCUCAGCGGAUUGGAGCAGACAACACUUCUGCUGUGAAAUUAAAACUGCAGGUCUUGCUUUACCCAGUGCUUCAGGCGCUAGACUUCAACACAGCUUCCUAUCAGCAGAACCACAAUGUUCCCAUCCUGUAUCGCAGGCUAAUGGCCCGUUUCUGGUUGGAGUACCUAGGUGCCGACCUUGACCUUGUGCAGUCCCUUAUGAUAAACAACCACACAGCCCAAGAGCAAAACCUGAUGUCCUUAAUCCAUUCAAAGCUGGACUGGACCACUCUCCUCCCCAAACGACUGAUAAAAAAUUAUAAGCCUGUGUUUCCAGUGACAGGUUCUUCAGGUAUCUUAAAGGAUAUACCAGCGUUACUGGAUGCCAGAGCUGCUCCGUUACUGUCAGAAGACAAGGUUUUGCGUAUGGUGCCGCGUGCUUACAUUAUGACCGGUGAGCAUGAUGUUUUGAGGGAUGAUGGGAUGAUGUAUGCACGCAGGCUGGAGCUGGCAGGGGUCUCUGUCACUAACGCACAUUACGAAGAUGGUUUUCAUGGCUGUGUGAGCUUUGCUUUCUGGCCCUGCUACUUCUCUGUAGGAAUAAGGGCAGUGCAAAAUUAUAUCGCUUGGCUUGACGAACACUUGUAGUUAUAUUUAAAAUGUGUCUAUUAGGGAUUUCACACAUUGUGAUGCUAUCUUUUGCAACACAACAGAGGAUUUAUAUUGUACAUCGAGUAAAGAAAAGAAGUAUUUGAUGUUCUGCUAUUUUAAUAGAACUGUAUUAUGGAUUUCAAAUAAUGACUAACACAUUUAUGUGUAUUUUUAAAACUAAUUUACUACGAACCAAAUGAGGAAUUAGAAGAACCACAAAGGAAUUUCUCUUGAACUGAUACUCAGUUCUGACUACAUUAACAUACACAAGUAUAUGCACACGUUAUAUUCAGCAGUUAAAGUGAUUGUAUGAUUCUUGUCAAUUCAAAUUGUGCUAAAGCUGUUUUUGUGCUUGUCAUUACUAACAACUACUGCAUUAACAAAAAACAGAACUUAUAUCACCAUGCAUUUCAAUUGUGUUAAGACUUUCACUCCAAAGACCUGAAAUGAAUUUGAUCAUAUUCCUACUGUGAAUAAAGUUGAAACAUGUAUUGAAGCUGCAAUAAAAUAAAAUAAAAAUAA